CCCUUUCAGCUUCUACCUCGAGUCGGGAGCUCCGUCGGGUUCGGGGCUCUGCUGGGCUGCUCUGGGCCCCGGCGAGCCGUGGUGGCUGGAGGAGGUGGAUGGACCUGGGAAUGCUUUAAAAAAUCCCUUGAGGAGGCAUUUAGAGCGCUACGGUCCCGCCGGGUUACUCGAGAGCCACGUGGGCUGCGUCCCCCCGGCGCUGCUGAUAAAGGGCCGGCUUCAGCAGCUUCAUUUCCAUGCCACGGAUGUUCCUUCCUCACAAUCUCUGGCGAGGAAAGCGCCGCCGCCUGUGCCAGGCACCGGGGGAGAGCGGGCUGUGAGCUGAAUUCACAAAACGGGCAAAAUUUCCACUGGGCCACGGCAGAGUCGGGAUCUGGGAAUCCGCUGCGUUUUCCUACCCCGGCCUCGGCGCUGGCCCGGGAGGAGCCGGACAGGCACCUGCGGCAGCUCCGGGAAUGUCCCCUGCACUGCAUCCGCCUUCCCUGCCUUUGCCGGCGGGCGCAGCAGGUGCUGCAGAGCUGCCCUCCUGCUCCGUACACGUUUCGGAGGGACAGACACAGCCCUGUCCCGCCCGCGGGGCUGAACCCCGGCUGCCACCCGCGCCUGUGUGCGGCUGGAGCUCCGGAUGAACCGCGCUGUGACCCCGGGUGGACUUGGGUGAUCCUUGUGGGUCCCUUCCAGCUUAGGAGAUUCCCUGAUUCUGUGAUUCUCUCUGGCCCUGCUCCACGGGUCCUGAAUGGAAAGUGUCUCGGGAUGGAAGGAAACAGUGGUGCCAGGGGGAAGUUGGAGGUGUGGGAGUGGGGUUAGCAGCUUCCCCAGGCUGACAUACCAAACCCUGUUUUUCCUUUCCUACUUAGAGGUUAAGCGUGCCAGUAAAAACUCGGCAGCAGCCAAGACACACUGGCUCUUAAAGAGGUAAGAUAGCACUGUUCUGGUCAUCAGUGCCCUGCAUCCCUGCCAGGCAGGAGCUCACUAGGGAUCCAGUGGGAUCUGGGGGUUUAUAAGGCAUGGAAAAGGCUCUGCCAAGGUGCUGAGAGUCCCCAGUCCCAUCCUGGUGCUGGGACCUCUGCCCUCUACCAACUUCAGCACUUGUGCUGGAGGCUGUGGAGUUGGGAUACAACUCCCAGCUGUGGGAAGCAGGUGCUGGGGUGGUUCCUGCCACUGGGAAUUCCUUAUUUAUUGCCCGACCUUUGGUCAAUGGAUGAGCCCAGAGGUGCUGUAGGACACAGGGCAGGCCUUGCCCUCCUGAGCACUCCAGCACCUCCAUCCUGCAGCUCCUGCCACUCCAGUGCUCUCCUGGUUCACCCACCUGGGCAGCCCCACAGUGCUGCCAGGGCAGGAGUGCGGCCAGUCACACUCUGGGCAAGUCCUCAGGCCACAGGUGAGCUGAGGGCAGGUUCAGCUGCAGCUCCACACCUGGACAAGAGGUGCUGUGAAACCCGUGGGACAGGAGGCUGCCCUGGCCCGGCUUUGCUGCCCGGAGCUCAGAGGAAGAACUUGUCUGACCGCCUGUCAUCCGAGCGUCCGUGCCGGCUGCCCCGGCCCAGUGCAGCCACACCUUCUGGCAGGGGGCAGCCUAUAAGUGUCCCCUUACAAGUGCAAGAGAGGCCAAAGGACCUGGUCAGAUGUGCAGGACAGGGACCGGCAGACACCUGGCACAGGCAUCUGGUGACACCAAGACUGGACCCAGGGCUGUCCUGGCUGCAAGGCAGCACCGAGGCUGGUGACCGCUCCUCUCUGGGGGAACCCUCUCCUCGGCUCAGCAGGGUAUAUGCAUCAGGACAAAGGAGUGCUCAGCCGGCCCAGGAAGCCAUGGAUCCCACCAGCAUCCCCCCGGCCUCUGUGACCCCCUCGUGGGACGUGUUCCCCCAGCAGACACUGGAGCCCAUAGACAUCGCUGUGCUCGUGCUCUAUUUCCUCUUCGUCCUCGCUGUUGGGCUGUGGUCCAUGUGGAAGACGCAGCGCAGCACUGUCAAAGGCUAUUUCCUCGCCGGGGGACAGAUGGUCUGGUGGCCUGUGGGUGCAUCCCUGUUUGCCAGCAACGUGGGAAGCGGCCACUUCAUCGGCCUGGCCGGGUCGGGAGCUGCCUCGGGAAUUGCUGCAACAGCCUACGAGUGGAAUGGGAUGUUCUGUGUCUUGGUGCUGGCCUGGCUCUUCCUGCCCAUCUACAUCGCCUCGGGGGUUACGACCAUGCCAGAAUAUUUGCGGAAACGUUUCGGAGGCAAAAGAAUUCAGAUAUUCCUGGCCAUUCUCUACUUGUUCAUCUACAUCUUCACCAAAAUAUCUGUGGACAUGUACGCCGGGGCCCUGUUCAUCCAGCAGGCCUUGCACUGGGACCUGUACAUCGCCGUGGCCGGGCUGCUGGCCAUCACUGCCGUGUACACCGUGUCCGGUGGCCUGGCAGCCGUGAUCUACACUGAUGCCCUGCAGACCCUCAUCAUGCUCAUCGGGGCCGUGUCCCUCAUGGUCUUCAGUUUUAUUGAAGUUGGUGGCCUUGAAGGUUUGCAGGCAAAAUACUUCUAUGCCAUUCCCAGCAUCCGCAAGGAAAACAGCAGCUGUGGCUUGCCCAGGGAAGAUGCUUUCCACAUUUUCCGAGACCCUGUGAACUCUGACCUGCCCUGGCCAGGAGUCUUGGUGGGAAUGACCAUCCCAUCCCUGUGGUACUGGUGCACAGAUCAGGUCAUUGUUCAGAGGUCCCUCGCUGCCAAAAACCUCUCCCACGCCAAAGGAGGCUCCUUGAUGACCUCCUACUUGAAGAUUUUGCCCCUCUUUAUGAUGGUAAUGCCAGGCAUGAUCAGCCGGGUUCUCUUCCCAGAUCUGGUGGCUUGUGCAGACCCGGAAAUUUGCCAAAAAAUCUGUGGCAACCCCUCUGGAUGUUCUGAUAUUGCUUAUCCCAAGCUGGUAUUGGAGCUUCUGCCUGUAGGACUCAGGGGCCUGAUGAUGUCAGUGAUGAUUGCAGCCCUCAUGUCCUCCCUGACUUCCAUCUUCAACAGCGCCAGCACCAUUUUCACCAUGGACCUCUGGAAACACUUCCGUCCUCGGUGCUCGGAGUGGGAGCUCAUGAUUGUUGGCAGGGUCUUUGUGCUGCUGCUCACCGUGGUGUCCAUCCUGUGGAUCCCCCUGGUGCAGGCUGGCCAGGGCGGGCAGCUCUUCAUCUACAUCCAGUCCAUCAGCUCCUACCUGCAGCCGCCCGUGGCCAUGGUGUUCAUUCUGGGCUGCUUCUGGAAAAGAGCAAACGAGAAGGGUGCCUUCUGGGGGCUGGUGCUGGGGCUGCUGCUGGGUUUCGUGCGGCUGGUGCUGGACUUCAUCUACCCUGAGCCCCAGUGUGGCGAGCCCGACAGCCGGCCUGGCGUGGUCAAGUACAUGCACUACCUCUACUUCUCCAUGGUGCUGGCGGCCAUCUCCACCCUCACCAUGCUCGUGGUCAGCAUGGCCACCGAGCCCCCGGCCCCUGAAAUGAUAAGUCGGCUCACCUGGUUCACUCGUGGGGAUCCUCCGCCCAAGCAGGAGCUGGCAGCCAGCCCCGGCCCCGCCGCUGCCAAGGACCCGGCCGCGCUGCAGCUUGAGCUGAGCACUGCUCCCGAGAAUAGUUCAGAUGGUAACAAAUGUGCAGCUGAGGCCAAGGGGAGCUCGAAGCUGCUGAGCACCUUCCUGUGGCUCUGCGGGAUGGAGCGCAGGCAGGAGAGCGCCGAGAGUGCACCCAAACCCGAGCCCCUGCCCGUGGCUUCCCUGGAGGAGAAACCACUGGUGAAACACGUCCUGAACAUCAACCUGCUCCUCUGUGUGUGUGCUGGGGUCUUCCUCUGGGCGUACUUUGCAUAGCCAGGGAUGCCAGGCCACACAACAUCAACUAACUUUAAGUGGUGUAAAUAUUAAUGAUUAGCAGACGGUUAAUGUAAUUCUUAAUGCUUUCUAAAUUUUAUUUCUUUAUUUAAGACAGACCCUCCUCCCUGAUCCUUUCCUUAUUUCUAAUGGGGGCCUGGCUGCGUCCAGGGCUGAGCACUUGGCACCGUCAGACCCUGUCUGGCACCAACCAGCUGAGAAAGGCUGGUUUGGUUAUUUUAAAUAUUUAAUUUUGCUCUUUGGCCUUAGAGCACUGCCUGGAAUUCAGGAAGCCAGGAUUCUCUUCCUAUUUAUGCCUCUAUAACCAGCUACAAUGACUUGGGUCCCCUGUGGUUCAGCUCCUCCAGCCUUGAGGGAUGGGAGUGACACCCCUGAGUGCCUGGGGCAGAGCCAAGGGCUGUUGUCUGGGCUCUGUUGUGCCUCUGGCUCAGCUGUGCCCGUUUAGCUCCUUGAGUGCUGAUGGGGCUCUCUGGGAGCUCUGGCUGAGUUACCAUCACUGACACUCCAAUGGCAACACCAACACGAGCAUGCAGCGUGGAAACUGCCCCAAAACUGCUGCCAAGGGCACCUGAAGGACCUAAACCAGCCAAAGCCACCAGGUGUGCCAGGGCAGAGGCACCCAGUGGCAGCCCCUCAUUGCCUGGCCCCCCACAGCCGUUCUGGGAGCACCUCAGUGGAGAACUCUGGGCUGGGAGAACUGCUGUCACCCCUGUGGCCGCAGGUGGGCUGGGCACCAUCACCUGCCCUGGCCCCAGGGCCUCGUGCAGCUGCAGAGAAACAUUAAAGAGUGAGAGCUGG